AUGUCUGCCUUCUCCAGGGGACUGAGAACAGACAUCUUCUAUCAUCUCGGCUUGGAUACAGACAUGGAUCUACAUGCUAUCUUUGGCAAUGUUAAGUACUUUGUGCUCAUGGGCUCGGCUCACCGAGCUGAGUACUUUGCCGAGGCCAUGGGGAAUGCGAUGAUCUCUCAAGGAACGCCCAAACGGGUAGUUGCUCGUCUAGGUAAGACAGAGCGCUACAGCAUGUAUAAGGUUGGACCUGUUGUCUCCGUCUCCCACGGGAUGGGUGGUCCCUCAAUCCACAUCCUCCUCAAUGAACUUGCUAAGCUUUGUUACCGUGCUGGCAUCGUGGACUCCGUGAAGUGGAUCCGUAUGGGUACUUCUGGUGGAUGCGGAGUACCUCCUGGCACUGUGGUGGUAACAACCCAAGCCCUGAAUGAUGAGGUGGAACCAUACUGGAGGUGUGUCCAGCUUGGUAAAGUCGUCAAGAUCCCCACCGACUGUGUGGAUAUGAAGUUCGUGGACGCUAUAUUGGAUUCUGUGCCUGACAAUAUCCAUGCUGUUAAGGGGAAGACCGUGGCAGCUGAUGAUUUCUACGAAGGACAGGGCCGUCUCGAUGGGGCACUUGAGACCUGGUACAACGAAGACGACAAGAUGGCCUUCCUGAGUCGCUUGUACGACGCUGGUGUACGCAACAUUGAGAUGGAGAAUGUUGCCUUGAUGGGCUUUUGUAAUCGUGCUAAUAUCACAGGAGCGUGUGUCUGUGUGACCUUCCUCGAUCGUUUUAACGGUGACCAAGUCACAGCUACCAAACGUGAACUUGCUUGCUUCAAUGAGCACUCAAUUGAUGUGGUGACCAACUUCAUCGCAAGUGAACUUGGACGAUUCGGGUGCUAA